UUUUUGCCAAAGAAACACCAACUUUGGAACAACGGUGUGUGUAUAUAUAUAUACACACACAAAGUACCACCACAUUCAGCAGGGCUUGUUUUUUCAUCCGGGAAUAGACGGAUGACUUGGACCCGCUGGUCCUCAUCCCAACCUGCCGGCGGAGCGCCACGUCAAGGUCCUUUUGUUGUAGCCAGCCGACUCCACACCCGGAGACAUGAUCAUCCGGCUGGGCCGACUCACACCCGGAUACUUCCGCCUGCUCCAGAGGCAGGUGGCCGGCGAGGUGCAGACGCAGCCCCAGGACCGCGCCAUCAACCAGAUCGCCAUGAUGCUGGCCAUCGUGGGGCUGGGCCUGUCCUACUACAGCGCCAAGCAGAUGACGGAGAAGGUGCACGCCCACCCGGCGCCCUGAAGCACGGGACCCCGGAUUGGUUUUUUUUUCUUUUCGUGACUCCAGACGUAACGCCGCAACUCACCCGGGUGGACCCAUGAAGGCUCUUCCUGUUCUUGGCCGGGUGGGCCGACCAUGAGUCCUAGCAAAGGUACGUGCUAGCGGGCUAACGCCGUACGUGAGGAUGCCAAUCAUCUGGAAGACGGCAGGAUAGCUUGACAGAUGUUCCUUUGAAAUGAAGUCAUGGCCGUCCCACAACCUCGUUGGGGGGUGGAGGAGGGGGGGGGGGGGGGGGGUCAGAAUAUUUGAAUAUUUGCACAAUCCAACAGGAAGUACUUUUUCUAGAAUUGUGAAAAAGCAUUAGCGCAGCAAAGGGACGUUCAAACUCUUCACUAUUUUUGUUUCUGCUCUUCUCACUUGAAUGGACGUGUUGUUGUGCUACGUGACAGCGGAACCCCACCGCGUCUUGGGCAUGGGGCGUGGCCCCUUUUAACCCCUGAGAAAAUGUUUGUUUUUAUUGAUGGAUGAACACAGGCCUUUAUUUUCUAUCAUGUAAUAAAGCUGGGAAUCUUUUGCAA